GGUACCUAUUUGAAUGGGAGGUAGGUAAAUUAAACAAUUUAUACGUAAAAUGACAUAUUGACAUGUUUAUUUAACUAUUCGUGUGUGCGUGUAUGUUUGUGUGUGUGUGUGUGUGUGUUUACGUACCGUGUUUGUUAAGUUUCUUAUACAAAAAUAAAUAAUUAUUUUUCGUGAAAAUAUAUACCAGUAGUACAUUACUUACCGUAAAAUGAUAAUAACGAGCUUAAUACACCUAUGUGUAUUUAGUAGGUACCUAUCUAUUAGUAUUCAAUGUACUACGCGCUAUGAAAUUCAAAAUUAAAUUAGGUAAUUCGGUAAAGUUGGCAUUGGAUGUAAUGGACAUUUACUUCUUUUAGAAUCUAAUAUCUAGUUUAUUAUCAUUUAGCAAUAUAUUGCUUCAACGAACGUAUUUUAUAUUUUAAGGUGAAUUACAUCGUGAUAAAGUAAUAGUAACUAGUAAUCAUGUUUUCGUUUUCAAAAAUUUUUGAUCGUACAUCAAUUGAUUUCAAUUUCGUACAUUAUGUUUUUGUAAAUAAUUUUAACAUUUAGUACAUUGAUUAUCUUAGAUUAAUGAUAAAUAUUUAACGAAAUAAUUUGAGGUUCUAAAUCUAUUAUUUUAAUGGAGGAUUCACUACAGUCAUAAAAUUAUUAAUUGUACAUAAAUCAUACAUUCAAAAUGACAGAGGAAGUGCAUAGUAAACUUGAUCAAGUUAUUAGUAUCGAUUCUAAUACCUUGCUUGAAAAGUUAAAUCAUUAUUUCCAUCAUUCGACCUUUAAAAGUGAUCUACAAAAGAAUGCUAUUAUUACAAUAUUAAAACGUAAGUGUUUUGUAAGUUUAUUAUUUGUUAUCAUUUUGAUCGUAAAUGUUUUUAAGGACAAGUUGAUGUAUUUGUGUCGAUGCCGACUGGAUCUGGAAAGUCAUUAUGUUAUCAACUACCUGCGAUACUCUAUUCACCUAAAAUUACAAUAGUUUUUUCUCCUCUUAUAGCUUUAAUGAAGGUACAUAUUUAUUGGUUUUAUAGAAUAUUCAAUUGAUAUAAAAUAAUAUAAUAUUUAAUUUAUGUAGGAUCAAGUUGAUCAUUUAAUGCGCUUAAAAAUACGUGCUGAAACUAUUAAUUCAAAAAUGACUGUUUCCGAUCGAAAACGCGUUCUUAAUGACUUAUAUUCAGUCCAAGUAACUACUUCUUUACUGUAUGUUACCCCUGAGCAAGCUGCGACUGAUUUCUUCAAGGUCUGGUAUUGGAUAUAUGUUAUGUAUAAGUCACAAUAGUUUUAUUAAAUUCAAAUUUGUACAAUUUUAUUUUCAGAAUUUAUUAUCUUAUCUAGUACGCAAAAAUAAAUUGGCAUACAUAGUAGUAGAUGAGGCACACUGUGUAAGUCAAUGGGGUCAUGAUUUUAGGCCUGAUUAUUUGAGCCUGGGCUCACUCAGAAAACUUUAUUAUCAAAUUCCUUGGAUUGCUCUUACAGCUACAGCUAGUGCCGAUGUAUACCAUAAAUAAAUACACAAACAUAUUGGUAUGACUAUUCUUAAUUAUGUAUUUUAUUUUUUAUAUAUUUAGGUAGUCAAAGAUAUAAUGACCACAUUAUGCUUAAAAACUCCAGUUUCAAAGUUUUCCACGCCAUGUUUUAGAGCGAAUCUAUUUUACGAUGUUAUAUUUGACGAUACCAUUGGAAAUUCAUACCAACACUUAAAAGAGUUUAUUGAUCUAUGUUUAUGUGAUGAUAUUAAUUGUUUAAAAAAUGAGGCGAACAUAAAUCCAGUAAAUAUUUUUAAAAUUUAUUUAUUAAAAUAUUGUUAAUUUCUUAAAUUUGUUUAGUCGAAACAACCAUGUGGAAUAAUUUAUUGUAGAACAAGAGAUUUAACAGAAGAAAUAGCUACAGUUCUUAGUCGUAGAGGUGUUUCAGUUGCACCUUAUCACGCUGGUAACAUUUUAUACAAAUUAUAUAUUUUAUUAAAAAAAUCAAAAUACUAUUGUAAUUUAAAAUAGGGUUAAAAGACAAAGAAAGAUUAGCUGUGCAAGAAGCAUUUAUGAGUGGGCACAUUCAAGUAAUUACAGCAACUGUAAGUUUUGGAAUGGGAAUUGAUAAAUCAACAGUAAGAUUUGUUGUACAUUGGGGCAUGCCAUCUAGUAUUCCGGCAUAUUAUCAAGAGUCUGGUCGAGCUGGAAGAGAUGGUGAACUGGCUCGAUGUCGAAUUUACCAUUCAAAAAAAGAAAAAAAUUCAUUAGAUUUUAUUUUGAAAUCAGCAAUCACUCAAGCUAAAACACAAGAUAAACAAAAAAAAGCUAAAUCGUCUUAUCAAAUGUUUCUAAAAAUGAUUCAGUACUGUGAAAGUGUACUGUAUGUUGAAAAUUUAAAAUAAAAUAAUUAUUUAUACAUUUUAUUUUUGAAAUUUUUGUUUGUUAAUAGGUGUAGACAUGGGUUUUUUGCUGAUUAUUUUGGAGAUACAAAACCUGAGUGCAUUGAUAAAUGUGAUGUCUGCUCAAAUAAAGAGGGAGUAAAAUUGGAUUUGGAUGUUUUUAUUUACGGAAUAAAUAGUCGAGGUCACACAAUUGCAUCAAAUGACCAAUUAGUUUCUAGUGAAUAUUAUGGAGGAGGAAAAAAAGCUAUACAAGAGUAUUUAUAACAAUAGCUAAUUAUAGUUUUGAAAUUAGGUUAAUAGUAAAUAGAAUAAUAUUAUUUAUUUAUUUAGGGACAGUGAAGAAUAUGCACGUGAGGGUGAUCGAGAAACUAAUUCAAAGAAUUUAGAAUUAGAAUUGGAAAUAAAACGCCAAUUUGAAAUAAGACGAGCUAAUAUACAAAAUAUUAUAAAAGAAAAUGAUGAAUUGGUACAAAAUUCAAAGGUCAGGGCAGCUGCAUCUACAAUUAAAAAAGUCAAUGGUUUACAGCUAUCAGUAAGAUUUAAUAUCAAUUAUAUUACAGUACAUAAAUAUAAUAUUUUAAGAUUAUUGCAUUACAUUUUAAUAUAAAAUUUUGAUUGUUGAUUACCAGAUUGAAAAGUAUUAUAUAGAAGAUUAAUAGAAAUAUUAUUCAUUACAAUUAUAUGUUAUAAGUAUUUCAAAUUUAAAUUCUAACACAAUUUGUAAAUUAUAGGUAGGUUUUUAUACUAAUAAUGGGAUUCUGUAAUAAUAAUAAUAUUAGUUCAGUAUUGUAAUCAGAGUUCGGCACAAAUAUUAUUUAAAAUAAAUGAAAGUGUUUAAAAAAAAUUUCAAUUGGUUGGGUUCACUAACUACUAUGCAUAAAAAAUAUAUAAUAUUUACUCGAGGAGGUUGACCGUCAUAAUUAUCAUGAAAAAAAAAUAAAAAAAGUGGUCAAUACUAUUCGCCACCAUGCUUCAGAAUUGAAAAAAGCAAAAAUACUAAUUAGUAAGGCCAAUAUUUGUAUGCAUUUGCAUAUUUUUAUUGGUUGGUCAAAAUAAUAGUUAGUUAAUACCAAAAUGUGUUUCACGACUUAACGAGUCCAUGUAUACAAUUUUUUUUUUUUUUUUGCAUAUUAUGGUUUUUAGAAUUUUUAGGGUAUAUUGUAGGAUUUUGUCGGUUGUAGAGCAUAUUUAGGAUUUUGUAAUUUUAUAAAACAUUUUCAAUUCAAUGAAUAAACACAAAAUAAUUGUUCAAGAUUUAUAAAUAUCAGCAUUCAUCAGCAAUGUCUUUUUAUUUAUUUAUCAUACUUAUGUAUGAAUUUGAUUUUAUUAGAGUCAUCAAUUAUGGUUUAUACUAGCAUUGUGUUAAAUCAAUUUUUUUUUGUUAAUUUGUAUGACUUAACUGCAUACGUAUUUAAUAGGUUUGUAUUGUACUUAUAUAUUUGUGACUCGGAAGAAUUUUUCCUUUAAACUUGAAUUAAUUAAAAAAAAAUGAGCUGAUUAUAUUGCUGGUGGUUGCAUUACUGUUGUUGGUGAGAUGUUGGGAAGGUAGGAUGUAACAUUUGCGAUUUUCUUUAAUAUUUGAUCUUAAAACAAUUAUCAAACAAAAAUUACUACAUUAUACUCUACUUUUCUUUUUUGACCAUCAAGUACAUCUUAUAAUACACCUAUUAAAUUUUCAUGCAUGUCUGGUUGGUCUAAAAAUUAUAUUCGCAUAGUAACUACCCAAUAAAAAAUACAUAAAAAAACGUGCAAAUAUAAAAUGCCUAUAAAUUGCUCAAAUCUCUCCUAAUAUUUUAAAUUGUAUUACAACCAAAAAACAAAAUUGAAAAUAACAAAAAAGUUGUUUCCUUAUUUUUUCCAUUUUGCUCAAUCAUCAAAAAAACUGCACGGAAAAUCAUAAAACAAGUUACUUACUCACUAACUAGAUUAAAAAUUUAACAAAAAAAAGUCUCUUGACAUUUUUUGAUUAGAGCAUUAUAUUUGGUAUAUAAAAAUGUAAAAUAAUGAAAUCAACCGCCAUAAAUUUGUUUGUACUCACUUUUCAUCUUUUUUUCAGUUUUUCACAAUUAUGAGAACCCAUUGAAAAAUCAAAAAAUAAUCUUUUAAAUGCACUAAUUAUAUUAAAUUGCUAGUGUUGGACAACGAUAUUGAUAAUUCAAUACAAUUUCAAUAUCGUGGUUAUUUUCUUAACAAUUUCGAUACCAAUAUUGCGAUGAUUGAAUGGGGCUUUGAACAAUAAAGUUGACGGACAGAUAAAACCGAUAAUAGCAUAGCAUGACAAUUGCAUUUAUAAUCAUUAGAAUCUAAUUGCAUGUGUAUUAUGUAUUUAUAUUUCAAAUCAAAUCCAAAUAACAAAACUUAUAUGGAAUAGUUGCUUGAAAAAGAAAAUUUGUAAACUGAAAAAUACAUAUUUCUAUUAUUUCUAAUAAUUUUAAUUACAUUAUACAAAAGAAAAAAAAACAUUUUUAAAUAGUUUUGUUUUAUUUAGGUAAGAGAAGAAUUAUUAAGGUUCAUAGAAGAGCAUUUGGCGAAAAAUAUUGAGGCAUGCUCUCUAUUUGAUUCAUUAUCAGAAAUUACUAAUGAAGACCUUCAUAAUAUUGCAGUUGACUUGGAAUAUGAAGCGUUUACUAGUUCAAAAGUUGUAGCAAUCUACCGAAAGAAAAUUGCUAAAACAGUAAGUAUUAAUACAAUUAUUAAUAAUAAAAAAAGACAGACCUACUUUACAUGUGAGUGCAGUCACUGUUGUUAGUGGGAAGUUGGGAAGGUAGGAUACAGACGGGAAUUUAAUGUACAUCUGUAAGUAACGAUAAACCAUUGCUAACAAAAAAACGAUUCUAAGCAGUGUUCAGUUGGUAGUGUUGCUUUGUCAACAGUAUAUAUAAUGUCAUAUUAUGGUAAAAUAAUUACAUUACAUUUACUUUAAUAUUGCACCUAUUUUCCUAUUUCUUCAAUGUUUUUUUCAGUUUUUCAUGAGUUUAUUAAGUAAACUUAUAAUAAAAUAAAAUAAUCAUAAUAAAAUUAUCAUUAUAAAACCAUAAGCUUAGUGAAGAGCUCCAUUCUGAAUCUAAAAUCACCAAUUUUGUUAUUUGGAAAACAAGUAUUUUCUUCAAACUCACUAACCUUCUAUAUUUUAUUAAAGUUUAAAGUUUGAAGUUUGUUAACAUUGUAUCUUGAAUCUAAAUUUUUUUUGAUUUACAUGUUUUAUUUUAUUAACAUAUUUGGGAUGAAUGUCACGAAAUGCAAUAUUAUUCACACACAAAAAAAAAAUUGUAACUUACCUAACAAUAAAGUUUUGAAUUUACAAAAAAUAACAGAAUAACAUGUCUCAAGAAAAUUUUAUUGUGAAUACAGAUGUUCAAAUAGAAUAUUGUAUUACACCCUAAAAAAUAGUUAUUCUAUUUGGACAGCUCAUCUUGAAUAUAUUAUAGCUAUUUUAUCAACACAUAUUUUAUCUAAACCUAUAGUUUUAAAUUUGGUAUCAUUGUAAGUAGGUGUAAGCUGAAUACAAUUUAAAUUAUAUGGGUUUAUGAAUUAAUUUUAGUUAUAAUUUGUUUUAUAACAACAAUUAUACAUAAUAGUAAUUAUUUUAAUUUGGCAUUUCGUAUUUCUUCAUUAUGAGAUUUUUUGUUUUUAAUUUUUUUUAUAAUAAUUUAUUAUCUAUAAACUAAUAAAAAUGUUUGUCUAGCACCAUUUUAUUAAAAAUCAUAAUGUAUAAAUUAAAAAUAAAUUAAUAACUAAGAAUUUUUUUUUAUAUAAAUGAUUAAAACUUACAUAAUUGAGUUGAAGUUUGUAGUUCAAAUUUAAAGUUUAAGAAAUUCAAUAUUUGAUUCAUACCUACCUAAGAAAAACUUUAAUACUGUUCUGCUAAAUUACUAAUUUUAGUAAUUUCUACAUAAAAGCCCAUAGUUUAGGAAUGUAAUAAGGAUUACAAUUUAGUGAGUCUAAGGUAUAAACAAAUUAAAUCAAUUUAUUACUAAAGAUAGAACCUUUUAACGCUUUUAGUGUUAAGAAAAUAAUUUAUUUUGUUUUAUAAAAAUUUGUAUUGUAUAAUUAUUAAGCAUUACUUUAUAAAAAUAAAUAAAUAAAAAGUUAUUUUUAAAUAGGGGUUUUUAGACCAUUAGGGCCCUAUAAGUUGCAAUCAUGGAUCACACAUUGUAUGUUCAUUUACUUGUGUAGAUAAUAAUAAAUUGAGUAAUUUUAAAUUUAUAUAUAGUACAUAAAUGAUAUUAUGUAGAAUUUAAGAAGUAUCAAGGAAAAAUAAAUAUAGAAUAUUUUAAAUAUCUAUUAGUUUGCAAAAGUGUGUUUGUUUGUCUUUCUUUUUAUGUCAUAUCAGAGCAAGGGAUCAACGGGAUUUUUUGCAUAAGAAUAUUUGGAUGAUUGGGAAGUGAUAAAGAUUACUUUUCAUCUUGUAAAACAUAUGCACACAGGAAAAUUCUUUGUCCUUAGUGUAAAAUAAAUUAAUAUUGAAUACUAAACUUUGUUACGAUAGACAAACAGUGUUAUGUGAUUUUUUUACAUAGCAAUAGUAUGUGAUUUUUUUUUUAAUGCUGAAAAAAAUAUCUGAGGAAAAUUUUUAGUAGAUGAAUUUUAGUUUUCUUUACUUGUGACUUUAUAACCAUAUAUAUUAAAAAUAAGAAUAGGCCACUCAGUGGUACUCGUGUAUUUUAGAUUAUGAGUGGAGUGAUAAAGCUUAUGGUUUUACUAAGUUUUUUUUUAUGUAUAUAUAUAUGUAUGUGCACAACUUUUCCACCGGAAGACUUGCUUGGAAUUCUAUGUGUAGCACCUUUUCUGAAAAGAAAUCGGCGUGGGGAAGCACUUUAGGUAAGGAGGUAAUUUUUCGAUUUCUCAUAACAUGUAUUUACAAAAUGUAAUAAAUAUUAUCUUACAAUUUUUUUUUUCUUUGGACAACUUUUCUACCAAAAAUUUUGUUCCAACUUUUAUUGAUAGCCUUGAUUCUGAAAGGAAAUUUCUCUAGAGAGGUAAUUUAGAGAGGUAACUUUUUGAUUUUCCCAAGAAUUUUCCCAGUAAAUGUGAAAAACCAGGAUAAAAUGUAGGAAAACUGGGAAAAUUGAUACAACAUUAAACAAAUUUUAUUAAAGAAAAUACAUAAAACCUAUUUAAUUAUUUUACUACAAAAUGACAUAUAUAUUGUUGACAAAGCAUCACUAUCAACUGAACUCCACUCAGAAUUGUAUUUUCGUAAGCAAAGGUUUAUCGUUGCCCCCCCCCCUUCUACCGGACCUGGUGUAUCUAGGAGAUGAGAGUGGUUGGGCUCAAUAUUAUGGAUCCCUAUUUUACUCAUAGAUAAUUCUUUGUUGCUUGCUCCAGUGUUAGUUUUGUAAAAUACUUAUAUGUUUAUUAUCCUGAUAAAAAAAAAUAACAAUAUUAUUUACCAUAAAAUAUUAUAACUUAAGUAAAAGUAAAUAUAGUAUUUAUUUGUGUAGUAAAUGUAUAUAAAAAAAAAAUAAUGGUCAGGGAAAGUUUGGUAAUAUAAUGGUUAUAAUUAAUAGCUAUAAUGUUAUGUUGUAAGUCAAAUUGUAUAUUUGUUAUUUUUGAAACUGCUGAUCUGAUUCUGAAAAUUAUUUCAUCAAUAAAAAGUUAUAUUUUUCCCAAGUAACAGACUAUUUAAAUUUUUUUUUUUUAGUACUUUGGUAGGAAAAUUAGUUUCUUUAAUUAAAAAGUAAACAAAACAUUUUUUUUUUUUUGCUUAGUUGGGUAUAGUUUUAAUUUAAUUACAAAUUGUAAUUUAAUUAAUUUGAUCACUGAAUUCAUAAACUUUGAUAUAAAAUGAACUAGUGAUAAUUAUUGACAAUAAUAAUCACUAUAUUUAUGAGUUUUAUAAAUAAUUUUGUAUUCAAUAAUUUAUUAUUUAUUUCAGGUUUCACUUAUUAAAGCAGCUUCAAUAGCAUCAAAUGUUUUUGAUGGAAUAAAAAAUUAUACAAGGCCAGUUCAAGAAGAACCUAAAGAAAACCCAACUAAAACUAUAGAAUUACCCCCUAUAGUUACAGCUUCAGAUCUUAUUCAAGCUCAAGUAAAUAAUAAAAUACCAGAGCCGAAAAUCAAAAGAGGAAUUAAACGAGAUCAUUUAACUCAGCAAUCCAUGACAUCAUUUAUAACUACUAAUCAACCAAUUAUAGAAAAUGAAGAAUGUGUUACAAAAAAACCAAAAAUAGAGAAUACUGAUAGUGAUAUGGAAAUAUCAUCGGAUGAUGAUGUGCAGAUUAUUGAAGAUGUAACUGUAGAAGGCUCCCAAAAUAAUUGUCAACCAAUAAUAAUAGAAGAAUCACCUACUCAAGAGAAAACAAAUAAUGUUAAUGAAGCUUUUUAUCAUCAAACUACAUCUGCUAAUGUACAAAGGCCCAACAUUGGAAUAGCAUCCAGUCUAUUUCAAAAUAAUUAUGAAACUUAUAAUUCUACAUAUGAUCCAUCAUCUAAAGAUUUGAUAAAGGUUAAAAGUGAUUAUGCUAUAAAUAAUAUACCACAUACUAAUAUGGACAGGCAACUUAAUCUUGCAUCUAAUAACACGUGCACAAAUAGUUUAAAAAAUGUUAAAGAUCAAGAAAAUGACCCAUCAUACCUUCACCAUAAACAUCAAUCAAAGGAAAAAGAUGUUAAUGAUAUUUUUAAUGAAUUAACGGCAAUUUUGGAAACUAAUUCUGAAAAUGAAAAUAAUAAGACUAAAAAACAAAAUGAACUUUCUCUAAGUCAAAAGCAAAAGGAUCUAAAACAACCAUCAGUUGAACAUAGAUCACAACAAAAUAUUGAAGUACCUUCAUCCAAGUGUAGUAUGAAUAACCUUUUUGGCGAUGACAGUGAGGAUGAGAGUAAAAUAUUAGUGGGGGAUGUUAAAAAGAAGUCCUUAGGUGUCAGACUUGGUAUACCAUCAAAAACUAAAACAAAAUCUCAAGAACCAGUAAAAAUAAAUAAAUAUAAGACUGAAGAUCCCAAUACCAAACAGAAAAAAUUUGAAUUGUCGGAACUAGUUGUAAAUUUAUUAAAUCCUCACUACAAAAAUAAUGUAUUUAAGACUAAAGAACUAUUUAAGUUCAUGGCUAGAGAAAUUGUUCACAAACUAUUGGAGUCUAAUAGUUAUCCAGGUAAAUAAUUAUAUUUUAUGUAAGAGUCAAAUUUACAAAUAAUUAUAUUUUUUAAAACAAAUUUGAAUUAAAAUUUUAGUUUUAAAUUUGAUCUGAUUUUUUAACAUUAUAAAAUAUUUUUUAAAGUGUUUUGUAUUUUAAAUUCUUUAUCUAAAAUCUAUUGAAUAAAACUUAAAGCGUUUUCAAUUGAAAGAAGUGUAUAAGGUCUUUAUCAUUGUAUAAUAUUAAGAAGUUGUUCUAUUGAAGUUAUAAAUAUAAAUAUAGUAAUUGAAGUAAAAUUGUUGAUAAUUAAAAGAUCUGAUUGCUCACUAUUUAUGACUCGGUUGAUAAAACUUAAAGUUUUUUUAAAUUUAAAGGUUUGUUAACCUUUAAAUGUAUGUAUGUAUGUAGUCAAAGAUAAUUUGUAUUGUUUUUAGAUUUUCACAUUUAAAAACUUUUAAUUUAAAUAGUAAUAAUAUAAUUUUUGUUUAGCAAAAAAAAAAAAAAUGUAUAUAUUUUUAAACCAAUUUUAGAUUCUGAGUGUAACUGAGAUUCUAUUAAUUUUAAUAAGGUCUUUGUGUGUGUAUGUGUGUGUGAUGGUUUUUUGAAGAAGACUUAUUAAAACUGCUACAAUUUUUUAUUUUAUUGUUUAAAAGUUGCAGAUUUUUAUCUGAUGGUAUUUUAUUUAAAACAUUUUAUUCAUUAUUCCCAACUUAUUAUUUAUAUUUUUUUUUCCGAUAGGGUCCCUAAUAAGUUUAGAAUACUCUAUAUAAUAAAAUUAUGUAAAUUAUUGUUAAAAAUCUUAAUUAUUUGUUUUCAGAUGAGCAAAACAUCAAAUUGAUAAUCAGAAAAUUAUUUCCAAGGGAACACAAAUUAAAAAUUGAAUAUGAAGACCAAAUAUUGAAAUUAUUGAAAGCAAUUCCUUAAUAUUUUGUGUUUAAUUUUUUUUUAUGAACUGUUAUAAUUUAUUUUGUUGAAUAAUGUUUGUUCCUUAUAAUUUUAUAUUUUACUUCGCAAGUGUUACCAGAUUUACUGCAUACACUUUGGUAAGUAUUUUUUUUUACAUAUUUUUUAACUUUUGUUUGUUUUUUAAAAAAUUUAUUAUAGUUUUAAAUUUAUAAUUAUUAUUUUUUAUUGGAAAGUCAACUCAUCUAAACCAUUAUAACUUUUUAAACAUUUCUAGUAAAAUAAGUACAUUUAAUUUAAAUAUUAUGUAUGUUACGCAACUUUAAAAAGUUUAAAUAGUUCAUACUUAAUAUUAUAUUAUCAAUGAUUAUAUAUAAAAAUGUAGCCAUCACCUAUAUAAAAUAGAAUCAUACAUCUAGAUUAGUCAUCUAAACAAUUUUUAAAUUUGGUGGAACUUAAAUGUUAACUUUUCAAUGGAUAUUCACUUGAAGUGAAUAAUGGUUAAUGGAUUUUAACCAUUUAGACUUCCAAUUUGUGAUUACAGUGUUUAACAGAUGGUGUGUAUAGGACCAGUGCAAAUCCAGUAUUGUGUGUGUAUGUUCUGAAUAUCAAUAAUUAGAAUAGGAUUAUAGGACCUGAAGUGUGGAAAUCAAAGCCAAUAGACAAAGUAUUACUUGAAUAACCAUGAUUUCAUUUGACUUUCUCAUUUUUCUUUAACAUAAUUUGUUUAAAUAUAUUCAAUGAAUUUGAUGUCCUCAAAAACUUCCAAAAUGUCUCAUGCAGCCCUUUUAAAAUGUGACCUUCGUAGGUAGUUGUUAAAUGUGGACAUAAAACUUUUGUUAAGUUUUUUUUUUAUUUUUAAUAUAAUUCAUAACCAUUUUAUAUUUAAAAAUGACUAAAAAAAUUGAAUCCUUAUCUCAAGUUGUGCAUUGCCUUAGAUAUAUCAUUGAAAUAGAAAUGGAUUUAUUUUAUAAAUAAUGUCAAAAGACUGGAUUAUGGAUUUUUAUAUAUAUUAAUUGUAUAUAAUAAUUGCCAAAUUAUGAUAUUUGAUAAAUAUUUACCAAUAUCAAUGACUUUCACAAUUUAAAACCUAGAUCAAUUGCCAGAAAUGUAUAAUAGUAAUUUUUUAGAGGUGCUGCAAAAAUGUUUGAUUCGUUCAUUUAAUUGCCAAAUUGGCUGACUAAUAUUAAAAACAGUCAAUUUAGCUGACUCCAGUAAAUUAAUUGAUACAAGAAUAACCUCCCCCCCGUCAUCUAAUUUUUUAAACUUUGUAAUCCCUAAGUUCUGAUUAUAAAUUCUUAAUUAAUAAAUUAAUGAUAUUAAUAUUAACUAAAAAAUUGUUGAAAGACUAAACUAGAUUUUUUCCUAAAUAGGUAGUUUGACAUUUUAUAUAUUGAUUACAGAAUAAUUUAUUCUAUAAUAGAUGGGUACUCAUUAAUACUGUUAUUGAUUAUACAUAGUAUAGAUGCACCACUCAGUAGAAAAAUAUCAAAACACUCUUAAUGGAUGUUGCAAUUUUUGUAUUUAUUUAUGUUGCUAAUAAUAGAAAAAUAAUUAGGCAAGAAGGUUAAAUUUUGUUGUUUAUUUUUUUUAUUUAUACAUUAAAUUGAAAAAUAAAAUGUGGUAGAAAAAACAGUUGUGAAAUUAUCAAUAACAUAAUUCUUAAAAGAAAAGGUUAGGUUAGUUUAUUAUAUCAUUGUCAUAAAUAUUUUUUACAUUUUUUUUUUUUUUGUAAUGAUGAUUUAACAUCAUUGUUGAACUUUGUUGAUUCUUGAGUUAUUUUUCUGUGUUUUAAGCAAUUUAAAUAUAUAAUAUAUAGUGAUUAUUAUAAUCCAUAUUAGAAUACUGCGAUCAAUUAGUAUUCAAUCCACGAAGAGUUUUCACUUUUUUCUUUUGAAUGGCCUAUCUUUACUAUAAUGUAUAAUUCAUGAUAAUAUGAACAAAAAUUGUGUCAGAUUUAAGUUUUUGUACAUCUUAAUUUUGUAUCAUUAUUAAGAAAACAAAAACAUGUAUACUUAAGUAAACUUUUUUUUUUUAGAUGUUAUAAUUUGACUGGUUGUUUGAUGUAUAAAAAAAUAUUAUAUGUUUUAUGUAUAUGUGUAUCUACUCAUUAAAAAAUAAUGACUACUGGCUACUCGGUCGUUAAUAAACAAGUUUUCUUAAUUUUAUUAAAUUAAUGGAUAUUUUUUUCAAUACUGCUUGUACAUAUUUAAUUUUAAGUUUUAUUUAAAUGUGUAUACAAAUUAUACAUUUAUAUAUAUACAAUUAUACUUAUGACUUUAAUUUUAAUUUAUACAAUUAAACACUUGUGACGUUCCAUAUUAUAAAAAAAAUUAUUAUAAAAUUAAAUUAUUAUUAAAUUUAGGAACAUCCGUGUACUGUGAAAAAAGUACAAAUUGUGCUCACAAAUAAACAUUCCUAGAGUAUAACAUUUCAUAUUUUUUUUGAUAUAUACUAAAUAUUGUAAUAAUAUUUCCAAUUGUAAUAUAUUUAUGUGUAUCAUUGUAACGUAAUAAUUACGUUUAUUUUAUAAACAUAAUAAAAAAAAAAGCUUACAAAAAC